UUGCAGUAGGGUGUUGGAGGCAGACAGACUUGCUGGAAUUCCUGCCUUGCUCACUUGCCAUCUUGACAAGCGUGAUUGAAAAGGCAUGGGAAGAGAAAGCCGCUGUCCUGCGCAAUCUCUUGGUGGCCAACAAACUCUCUGUUGACAACGUCAACGAAAUCCUACAAGCUGCGGACACCAAUUAUCACGGCCUCCCGAGCGUCGUGAGCCUUCUGGACGAGCUUCGCACUUGGGCUUGCAAUCUUGCCAGCAAAUACAAGCAGCAGAUCCAUGCUCGCGACAGCGGAGACGCCGAAAAUGCCGAGCAAGCCAUGAGGGAGCUUCGAUGCGAUUGCGGGGAGCUCGAUUGGGCUCUCAUGUUUGCCACCGACCGACUUGCCAGGCUUACGCAGGACGCAGAUGGAUGCUCGCAACAGCAGAGAGCCCCACAAUGCCAAGCAAACCAUGAGGGAACUUCGAUGCAAGUCUCAUGUUUGCCACCAACCGACUUGCAAAGCUUACGCAAGACGGUGAGAAGGCAGAGCGAGCAGCUCAAGGUCUGUGAACAAUUCCAAACUAAGGUCUGCGUUGCUUCUUCUAUCCCUAUCCCAGUCUUUGACCGCAUUGAUCUGCGUGUCACUAUGGCUAUCGAAAAGGAGAAGGGCAAGACGGAUGAAGACUCUGAGGGCAAAGGUCGACGAGCCAAGCCAAGGCUAGCUGUCGAGCACUACAGCACCCAGCAUCCCGAUCAUUUGGAGCUGGCGCAUGCGCUUGGACUUGCUCCAGAUGGACCUUCCAAGGUCCCAUCAGUUCAGUCUCCCAAACCUUCUUAUGAGUCUUCACGUUCGCCUUCUUCGGCUCUGCUCGGUGAACGUUUGUGUCGUUCUCUCUCUCCCCCAUUCCCUGUGUCCGCCCUACACAGCGGCCCCGCACAAGCGAGACGUUUGAAGUUGAAUACACCUCACGUCAUCGCACAAAAAUCUCUGAGGGACCGAAUCUCGCAACCUCGUGAAAGCUUCCUUGAGGAACAGCAGCCUCGUGAGGAGGAGCGCGCUGCAAGUACCUCGGCCAUGAUGACCUCGGCUCGAUUGGAAGGACGCAAGCAGCCAGCUUGGACCCGAUCAUCCAGUCCAGCGGAAUCUUUGUGGCAGCAACUCUCAUCAGAAUUGCGCGAGGCCAUGAACCAGGAACGCCAAGUUCGGCAGGAGGAGCAAGACGCAAGCAUCUUGGCCAUAGGAGGAGCAAGACGCAAGCAUCUUGGCCAUAAGAAGACCGCCUCCUCGCGGAGGACACGUGAGUCAGGAAAGCGCUCGUGGUCCGUAUGGAUUGACGGUCCUGAAGGGGCUCCAAACUUACACAUAGCUCAUAUUGUCACAGUCCUUGCAGCACGCCUGGGACGCAGUAGUAGUGCGGUGCAAAUUGAAUUCCCGGGAUGUCCAACUUGCUUCUACGUUGAUGUCCAGCAACAACAUCACUCGUCACUGUCGCAUGAUAUGGCGCCAGAAGACAUCAAGCCUCGCGCGAUCUCGUCUCCUUCAUUUAGCACCGUCUUGCCUCCAUUACUGUGUGCGACAUGGUCAUUUGUCGUUCGUGACUGGUCCGCCGCAUGA